UGAGGUUUCCCUCAGUCACCAAACAACAACAAAUUCGUCCACGUGAAGAGGAAUUUGUUCGAGUAACAUUUGUGAAUCAAGGAACAGAGCCGAUUGGACUUGAAUUCCCCUUGCCAUGGUUUCAAGGCCCUUGUCAUGGCUGUCUCCAGCCAAAUUGGAACGCUUGGGAAUCAUCCCUAGUGCCAAUCUUCUCUGGCUGCACAAUGACGGCAAAGUGAUUUUGGUGUCCAUAUCGCAUUUCACGAUUCUCCGAGAAGUCAAAUUGGACUCGAGCGCAUUGGGAGUGUUCAGUUGCCCGGAUGACAGCCAAGCACCCCCGGGAAUAUUCGUACUCUAUGGAGGAAAAGUCGUUCGACUCAGUGUACCCUCUUUGGAGCCUGGUCCUGCGCUUGCCAUUCCGAAGAAAUUGGGAGAAUGUGAUGCCACGAGUCGUGUCAUUUAUGAUGACGGCUUUUUCACCAAGCUUUCAAUCGAAGAAGAUAGGUUUUCAAUACACCAUCAAGACCAAGACCAAGCGUGGUACUAUUCAAGGCCUUUGAACAAAUUAGCUCGUGCUCGAAGACAAGUACCUUAUUGCUUUAACUUUAAACAUGCGUUCGUAGUGGAUAAAGGCAACAAUGUGGCGUGCCUAAGUCUGAGUGAAGGAUCCAAAUUGUGCCAAUUUGGCAUCUCGAAACAUACUCCAGUUGUCAACAUGCGUUGUCAAUUGGAAAAUAACGUAUUAGCCGUGGCACUGAAUCACGGUGCUGUUAUGGUGCUCAACUUUCAAAUGGAUACGCAACAAGUAAUGACAGUGUUUUCAACCCGCCUACAUUGGCAUAGUAUGGCAAUUACAUCGUUCGUGUGGUCGUGGGAUGGACAAACUUUGUAUACGGGAGGCAACGAACAGGCUUUGGUUCAGUGGGACUGGAUGCAUUCCACGAAGAUGGUUGUGCCACGAUUGGGUGGCACAUUGAACGAAAUCUUGGUCGAUAAGCGCGAUGGCUCUUUGUACUUAUUUAAUGACCGGCAAACCUUGCUUUCUUUGAAUAGUUCGCUGUUUCUAGAACCCAAAGUUUUAACCAUUAGCUCGCUGACGAAAUUCAACGAGGGAGAUUGUUUUUGGCACGCACCCACCUCCACAGUGAUGACAAUGGAAAAGAACCAAGCCUUGAGUUUCUAUAGUUUGUCUCAAAGCGGAGUGGCUUGGACCAUGCACAUGAAUAAGCGCAAUGAGAGUGUCAUGCCCAACCAAAAACAACCCAACCCUUCGUGUCUCUCAUUAUCGCCAAGCGGACGUUGGUUGGUGUACAGUUUGGGCGAGGUUUUGGAGUUGUGGAAUUUCCAGGACUCUGAGAAAACCUUCAAACAAACCGCAUCUCUAUUCCAAACCCAUGAUUCAACCGUGAAACAUGCGGUCGUGACAGAUUCUCCAAUCUUUCUGACCGCAGACUCCAUUCAGGUGAAACUGUGGCAAUACCUUCCAGAAGCCAAGAAGGCCUCCAUGAUUGGCCAAAUUACAUUUAAGAACAAGAAACCCACGCAGCUGGCCAUCAGUGGAGACGAAACCGUGGUUGGAGCCGCAUUCAAUGAGAGUGUGACCUUGUGGGAUCGCGAGAAUCUGGCUUUAAUAUGCGUUUUGACAACAGACUUGAGUCUCAAACAUCUAUUCUUCACCGAGUCUUAUUUGGUUGGCAUUGCCAAUGGAAAACAGAUUCAGGUGUGGAGUCUUCAAAAUUUGAACCAUUCGGAAACCCACAAUAUUGUUGGGAAAGAAAAAAAGACUCCGAACACGUUGAGGAAUAUGCCCCGCAUGUUUUUAAAAGAAGGAACCACCUUAAUGCGACUAGAUGAAGUCGACUGGAAACUGAAGCAUUAUCGUGGGGGAGUGAAGAGCAAGAGUAAAGCCGGAGAGGAUCAUGUGGCUUCAGAGGGAAAGCCUUCUUCUAUUGGCUCUAGUUUGGUCAAGCCCUUGACGAAAACGGAUCCUACCAUUUCUACAACAGUGGAUCAUGAAUGUUCAUUGCAAACCUGUUUGACCUUCAGCCCAGUUUCUUCAACUAUGAUUCAGUGUUUGGAAGAGUGUUUGUAGAAAACCAAUUUGCUGAGAAUAUAAGUGGAACAACAAAGUCCAA